AGGAUUUGUCGAUUUGAUUAAAAGAAAACCAACUACCACUGUAUCUGUUUCCACGUUUUCUUUGCCGUCCUCUCUUCUGUUAGUUUCCUUUAGCUCAGCUUAGCUUAGCUUAUCCUUGGACCUUGUCUUCUCUCUCUCUCUCUCUCUCUCUCUCUCUCUCUCCGACUCCGUGCUUUCUUCUGAUACGUAGUAAUGAUGCUUGGAGCUCAAUUCCAAGUCCGCUCGCUGGAUGGUUUCAGGGUUUUAAGGGAAGAAACUAAUGCAAGUGGCGGUGGAGGUUUGAUUCUGAAUUCUGGUGGGUGCUUGUCUAUUCAAUUCGGUUUCAAAAGAAGCCUAAAGUUACAAUGUCGAGGUGGUCGUAAAUCAAUCAUCAUCUCUUGCAACUCUUCCCGUGGAAGCUCCUCCGAUGGUGGUGGUCAAUCUGCCCAUGCCCAUGAUGACCAUGAUCACGACUUUCUCCAAGCUUCCCUUCUUAUUUCAGAAACUCUCUUACACUACCGUAUGCGGAGGAAAGGAUUUCAAGAAGAGAUGACAUGGCGAUUACCUGGUAGAUGGAACCCAUUUGCUAUUCUAUCAAAGGAAUCAAGACCUGAUCUGAGUUUUGUGGGACAUGAGUUUCUUCGUCGCUUCCAAAGUCCCACCAUUUUUCUUAAAGUUUCUUGUGAUGGAGACUUCUUGCUACCAAUUAUCGUUGGGGAAUUUGCUAUACAGAAACUUAUCGAUAACUUUCGAGGAGGAGAUGAUAAUGGGGACUGUCCAGACCAAUUUCAGCUUGUGAGAAAUCUGGUUGAAAGACUUGGUUACAAAGUGAAAAUGGUGAGAAUUACAGAGAGAGUGGUUAACACUUAUUUUGCAAGAGUAUAUUUUAGCAAGCCAGGAGAAAACAAAAUUCUAAGCGUAGAUGCACGGCCGUCUGAUGCCAUUAAUGUGGCAAACAGAUGCAAGGUCCCAAUUCAUGUAAGUAAACAAGUUGUCUUCACGGACGCUAUCAGAAUUAGCUAUGGGAUGGGAAGCAUGCAUGAUAGGAAGCUAACUCAUGAUGAAUCCCUUGACAGUCCUGCUGAUGAUCCGGAUUCACUAUCUGAGGAACUUGAUAUUGUGAAGAAUAUGAAUUUAGCUAUUAAAGAGGAAAGAUAUGGUGAUGCAGCCAUGUGGAGAGACAAACUGAUGGAGCUUCGCCAGACACACGAGCAAUAGCCAACUUUUAGGUUAAUCUAAUUUUACGUGUUGUUCAUGAUGUGGUAAUAGUUGCUGCCUUCAUGUGCAUAUGUCAUUCUUUCAGGACAUGAUGUAUUAAUGUGUAUUUAACUUUCAUUUAGGGCUUGAUGUAUAUUAGGAGUUGCCAUUUCCUGUUGUGUAGUUUGUGUCCGAGUUCAUGGCUGUUCUUUUGUGCUUGUGCUAAUGCAAAGGAAAGUCUUGACGCUUGAGGAAUCAUGUGUAGUCAAAGAAAUUUGAAAUAGUGGUACAUAGAUCUCAAAAACUUGCUUCCAGAACUCAGAUACCUGUUAUGUAAAUUAAGAUCUAGUCCCCUUCGCGCCCCCCUGAAUUGUUCACAAUCACCAGGUGAUCAAUUCUCUCAUGGAUGUCGAGUUUGUUGCUUCCAUUAGUAUGUAAAUGAUAUAUAUCAAAAUAUAGAAAUGGGACUCGAGAAGAAAGUCUUAUUUUUA